AGUGGAUAUACAUUAUAUGGACAGGGAGGAGCUGAUCCUGCAUCAGCACUCCUACUCUUAGAUGCUUUAUGAAUGUGGCUCCAGAGGGUCAUCUGUAUAUGACUUAGGGAAAUUUGAGGGAUUGAUGUGUUUAAUUAAAGAGAUGGGCCUGUGGUAAACUGUGACUGACCCACAUACAGAUUAUCUCAGCACUCUGCCUGAUCACAUAGGGCCCAAAUCUGAAAUAUUUUACAAACUGUUACCUCUUUCACUCUGCCUAAUCACAUAUAGUACGACCCAAUACUGAUUUACUUUACAAUCGAUCACCUCAAUCAUCCAUUGAUGCCAUAGGUCUACUGUAACUCCAGAUUGGGAUCAAAUUGUGUAUGUAAAGAAUCCACUGCCAUUCAUAGAUGGAUAAAUGUUCAACGUGGUACAUUAUUGAAAUGAGAUUUUUGGAGUAGCCUAUGUCUUACUUAAUCAAUCCAAAUCAAAUGUUAUUGUUUGCAUACACAUAGCAGAUGUUUUUGCAGGUGUAGUGAAAUGCUUGAAAUCAAAGGUUCAUGCAACUGGAUCUUGAACAAUAAUUAGCUACACAGAUUUUUAUUUUACCAGGCAAGUCAGUUAAGAACAAAUUCUUAUUUUCAAUGACAGCCUAGGAACAGUGGGUUAACUGCCUUGUCCAGGGGCAGAACAACAUAUUUUUAACUUGUCAGCUCAGGGAUUUGAUCUUGCAACCUUUUGGUUACAAGUCCAACGCUGUAACCACUAGGCUACCUGCCACCCCAAUAAUGAAAAGAUACCUCAGUUUCUGCCAAUAACAUUUUUAAUGUAGGAUUAAGUAUCAUCGCUAACACAUAUAUUCUGUGAUUCUAUUCUGUAACAGUAAAAGACAAAGCAAUAUGUAGGAUAUGAAAUGUCCAUGCAGGGUCUAAUACUUACAGUGAGGAGAGUUCAUAUGAAAUCUGUUCACUAAAAAGCCAUAGAGGUAUGUUUGGGAUUGGGUGAUCUGCACUGUCUGCACCUCCACUAUCAUCAUCUCUGUGCUUCACAUCCUCACCAUCCAUGUCAUGUAGCUCCACUAAGAUGGGGUUUUGUCAAGAUGGAAUACAGCUUUUGUCCAAAUUUACCUCGUAGCAGGUUCGAAGACUUUACCCAGCAGAUUAGGAUAAAUCAUACAGCAGGUUAAGGUUAGGAAAAGUGUAGGGUUACAAUUAGCAACAACAACAAAAAACUAUUUGGGACAAAAGCUGUAUCUUGUCUAGACAUGACCCUAAUAUGGAAGGCCACAUAAUAGAGUGAAACCUCUAUACAGUCCUGAAACCAUACAGCUCUACUCUUUGAAAUGCCUACUUCCAUAAGCACAUUUUUCCUAUAUUUUUUUGUGUGAUAAUUAUUUGAGAUCCUGUCAGUCUUUAACUUACCUUGCUUAUUUGUAUUACUAUGUUGACUUGUAUACUCUACUGGUAUUAAACUUACCUUUGAUUUUCAAUAUUAUAUUAUUAUAUCAUACUAAUCUUGCUGUUUUGGAAAUUAUAUUAUCUAUAUAUCCUUCAGUUUUUACAUUUACAUAACUCACAGAUUUACUUAGCUAAAGUUCAGAGAAAUAUUCAGGCAAUACAGGACAUAUUUAAUGUGUUUGUCACUAUUUUAUCUCUUAUUGCUGUGGUAUCAGGUGCAUUAGCUAGUUCUGAAGAUACUGGCUGAUGUCGGUCUAUGGAAACUAUCUGUGGUAACUUUGUGCUGCAUUCAAGAGAGGGAACCUAUUGUAAUGUAUCAUGCUGUGUAGAUGAUAGAGGCAUUGAUAGAAGUUGUCAGAAGCCAACAAGUGGAAUAUUGGAAACCAACCAGUGAGAAUGGUGGUACAUUUUCCUUGGACUUCAUUGGCGGUAAUAACAGUAUUGUGCCAGUUCCAUGUCAGUAUUAUGGAUAGCUGCCACUUGAGUGUGCUAAAGUUUAAAAUAGAUCAUUUUUGUGUUAUCCUCCUUGGUCUAUUAAAUUGAGCCUCUGCCAGUAUUGCACUUACAUGUAAAAGCAGCAAGAUUAUACCUUCUGCAUCACUGCUGUUCAAUAACAUUCCAUCUCCUAAGGUUAACUUGAAACUUCUUAUGGGGGAAAUGGGGAUCAUUAUUCCUCCUUAACAAUUUGCUCUUACAGAAAUGAGAAUUUCCCUCACCAAUAGGUUAAUCAUAAUAUUGAGCAGACAUAUUUUGAAAUGUCCUAUUACACAGCUCUAUUUUAAUACGUUAGGAAUCUUAUCAAGUUAUCUGCUAUGGAGAUCUGCUAUGUUUGGCUGUUCAAGCAUACACUUCUCCUCUGGGUCUACUCUGGUUGGUUUGCUUUUGCUCUGAUAUAUAUUGAUAUUUUAUGAUUUCUGUUUAUUAUUGUAUAUUGUGCAAUGAUUUGUGUUAAAUUGUAUUUGUUUUAGGAAACAUUUUUGAUAAUGUCAGAAAAAUGUGCUUGGUCUUUCAGUAAAUAUCUUGUUCAUAUGUUUGAUGACAAUAAAAGGAAAAAGGUAAAUGUGUGUCUGUGAACUCAUUGGCUGUAUGUUGCCUGUAAGCAUCAUUGCCACAGUUUGAAGAGACUGCAACCAUGAAACGAACCCACUUCCCCUGAGAGAGAAGGCAAGGAGACCAAUGGUUUAGUGACACUUGAAUUUUAGGUCAUUUGAAACCUUCCAUCAUGGAGCACCUAAUGCUAUUACCUACAUGGAGAUAGGAGAACAUACAGUGGACCAUUAGAAUAGCAGAACAUGUAUCUACAGAGAAGUAGAAAGGGACAAGCAACAAUGUGUUUUAACGUUUUGAAAAAAAAGAAGAUUAAUACAGGAAGUAGGAAGUCAGAUACAGAACAGUUUUAGUGUGACUGGCAGACAGGAGAUUUACAACAAAACCCUUAAUGGAUGUGUGUGUGCUGUGUGUAUGUGAGUACGUGUGUGCAUUUGUGUUGUGAAGUGAGACACUGACCUUUCCUAUGAAGGAGGGAGAAUGUCUCUCAAGCUACCUCGGAACUGGGACUUCAGCACCCUCAAAGCUGAAACCGCCAAAAUAGACGACUAAGACACUCAGGAUGUUGCUGAGCAAUGGAUGGCCUUUUAGUAAAGGGUAAAGAAACCCAAACAUGGACAAAUUACUCAACCUUGUUUCAUAUGCCCGGUCUAAGAGUGUGAUGCCUGGAGAGGGCAGCCCUGGGUCAGGCUCGCCCGGCUCCACCACCACCUCCAUGGAGAGGCCACUGAAGGCCGGCUGGCUAAGGAAACAGAGGUCCAUUGUGAAGAACUGGCAGCUGCGUUACUUUGUCCUGAGAGGGAGCACACUGACCUACCAUAAAGACGAAAAGGAGGGGAGUGUCCAGGGAGUGAUCCAACUGAGGUUCAGCAAAGUAAAUGAGCUCCCACUGAACCAAGACGACCCAGGGAAAUUCCUGUUUGAGAUCAUGCCGCGCAGCAGUGGUGAUCGGGAGCGGUGCCCCUACAUUCUCAUGGCCAACUCCCACAGUGAGAUGGAUGAGUGGGUCCGCACGCUGCGCAGGGUGGUUGGAGCACCCUCUAGUGGAGCGAUAUUUGGCAAGAGCUUGGGUGAUACUGUGACCUAUGAGCAGCGGUUUGGCUCCCACAUGGUGCCCGUCCUGGUGCAGAAGUGUGCUGAAUUCAUCAGAGAACAUGGACUGGGUGAGGAGGGCAUCUUUAGACUACCGGGACAAGACAACACCGUCAAACAGUUCAGGGACGCUUUCAACGCCGGAGAGAGACCUUCCUUCCCAAGUGACACAGAUGUCCACACAGUAGCGUCGUUGUUGAAGUUGUACCUAAGGGAUCUGCCUGAGCCAGUGGUUCCUUGGACACAGUACCAAGACUUCCUAGACUGCAGCCCCAUGCUGGACCCCAACAGUGCUGCAGGUCGUGAAAGACUGGAGAAGCAGAUCACCCUCCUUCCUAGACCCAACUAUAACCUCCUCAGCUACAUGUGCAGGUUCUUAUUUGAGGUGCAGCAAAACUCCAAGGUGAACAAGAUGAGUGUUGAAAACCUGGCCACGGUCAUUGGGAUCAAUCUGCUCAAGCCCCACAUCGAGGACCCCAUCACUAUGAUGACGGGGACUCCUCAGAUCCAGAAGUUGAUGACAGUGAUGAUCAGACAGCAUGAGGCUCUGUUUCCUCCGUCUAAAGACGUGGCUCCUUCACCCCCCAGCAAGAAGAGUGAGAGCAAGAAGAACAGUGCUCCACGCAGCUUUGUGGGCUGGGAGUCUGCUGAGUGUGAGGGCUUUCAGUCAGAGUCUCCAGAGGAGGAGGAGGAAGACACAGACAACCUGGGGGCCGAGCCAGUUACCAUCUCCAUCCCCCAGCAGCCCCACUACCCUUUCUCAUCCUCAGACCUGGACCCCUUGUCUGGAAGCCCCCGCAAACGCACCCAGACCCUGCCUACAUUGAACUGCCCUGUCCCUGGGAGCGGGAGGGCCCGCAAGCUGGAGGCCAUGAACCGCUGGAGCCGCAUCCAGGAGAGCAGCGAGGAGAAUGGAGAGAAGACUCUCUCAGAGGACAUCUUUAAGAUCCUGGACCUGCAGAAGACGUCUCUGUUCGGAGGCGCCCAAAAGGACUGGGAGGACAGAGGGACAGGCAGGAGAGGAAGUGACAUCACAGUCACCUCUUCCAAACCCAGCAAUGACCCCCAGCAAAAGUCUCAGUCCACGACCCCUGAGAAGAAGACAGAGGCCAGUACAGCUGUGGUUUCAUCUUCAGACCUCCAACCAGACAGCAAGGCUGAUCAGCAAGAGGACAGCCAGGGAAACUCAGAGCACCUCAGUACUAGCCUGCAGCAGAGGAACAAAGAGCUGAGUGCCACAGUAGCAGAACUGCAGUCAGCCCUGGACGCAGAGAAGCGCUGUGUGUCCGCUCUGGCGAUCCGGCUGAGGAACGCGGAACACAGCCGAGACGAGGCCCAGAGACGUAACCAGGAGCUGGACCAAGAGAUACAGCAGUUCCUCAGCAGAGAACCACAAGGGCCAACUUAGAACCAUGAGGGCCAACUUAGAAGCACGAAGGGGCCAACCUAGAACCAUGAAGGGGCCAACCUAAAACCACAGGUCCAACCUAGAUCCAAUAGCUCCCCACCAGGGAACCAUGAAGCCUACCUAGAACAUAGAACUGCCUAUAGCCUUAAGUUAUCAAAGAGAUCCCACAAUAAAGUAUAUAGAUAUUUAACAUAGAUAUCUCUAAACUGUAACAUAACAUAGAGAUCCCUCAAUAUAGAGAUCUCCAACAUAGAGAAGAAAGCCCAUCACAGUGGACAUCACAGCCUCAUGCUGACCAGAGGCCACCUGCUGUUCUACGAGAGAGUCAAUGUCUUGGCCAGAGCUGUAACUCUGUCUGGGACCUGGAACAUGUUGCUACAGAUGCAGGAUCUUAAUUUGACAAUAUUCCUGCAGUGGGAAAAUAAUCCUGCAUUACCAGGAAAUGUGAAUUAUUGUGUGGAUUACAAUUAAUGGACAUUUUUGUAGGGGGUGAUACAUUUUUUGUUAGGGCAAGUCAAGUCUGACAUUUUCAAGUACACAUUACAAACUUUAGAAGCCUUUUUAAACAUUGAAUACACUAUAAGUUUGCAUUUCCUGCUGUGCAUGAACUGUCCUGCAAGAACAGGGUGAUCAAAUUAAGAUCCUAUAUCUGUAGGUUGUAAGUUGGUUUGUUGAGAAAACCCAUGGGUAAACUCUUUAGUCAAACCAGCCAUUGUGUUGACUACACUUCACAUUUUAUAAACACAAAAUAAGGAAUACUGUGACUGUAUAUGAAUGGCCUUUGCUCGGUGUAGAUGAUUAUGUAGUAUGGAUGUGAUGUGCAGUAGCCUAAACAGUGCUGAUAGUUGUUGACCAUGCUGGCUCCAUUACAUUGAUAUUCUCAGAUGAUUAGAGCAUGUACACGAAAUAGCAGGUUGCGCAUAAUGUCCAGGUUAAGAAAAUGUCCAGGACAAUUGGACUAUAAUGGUCUGUAUAAGUAUUUCGGCCAGGAUUCAAUUCCCAACACAGCGCUCUGGAAGCCAACUUUGCAGUUUUUAAUUAAAUUAAUUUUACCUACAUUCGCGGAGAUCAUAUUCACGGUGAACGUUGUGCAUGUCGGCUCAAUUGUUAAGGUUUGAAUCCUGUUAAUAUUUUGUUUGACCAGACAUUAAUAAAGGAGGAACAGAAUAAGUCAACUUGGCUGAUCAAUAAUCUGCACCGUUUGUCAUUAUUGUGACUUACAGGGUUGAACUAUAACCUUUUAACCUCACAGUCUACCAAUACCGGAUCCGGGUUCGUGACUACGGCUCAAGCUCAUUAGCAUAACGCACAAUGCGAAAAAAUAUUCCUAAAAAGAUUUAACCUCCACACAUUAACAAGUAAAAUAGCUCAAAUGAAGUUGUUUAUCUACCCAGCAAGUCAGAUUUCUAAAAUGUUUUACGGCGAAAACAUAGCACAUAUUUAUGUCAAACCACCACCACAGACAUAGCUCAUUUGCAUAGCCAAGUAGGAAAAAUAUGCAAUCAACAAACGCAGGAUUAAAAAAAAAAUCAUUUCACUAACCUUUUGAAAUCUUCAUCAGAUGACAGUAAUAUAACAUGUUACACAGUACAUUCAUUUUUUUUUCAAUAAUCUGCAAUAUAUAUCCAUAAAUCUCUGUUUACAAUGAUGCAUCGUUCAACAAAUGCUACUAAAAUGUCAGGAGAAAUGCCGAUAGCUCCGGCAGAUAACGUCAGCUAACAAGGAAUACACAUCAUAAACUUUGACUAAAUAUGCAUGUUUUACAUAUGUAUAGGAAGAUACACUUCUUCUAAAUGCAAUCGCUGUGUUACAUUUCUUUUUAACGUUACAGGUUGCGUUCACUAGGCUAUACUAGGAGUCGGCGCUCCAAAAUUAGCAUUAUCGCUCCUCUAUCUUGGAGUCGACAGAAACCCAAAUUUACCACAUAAAUAUUCCCUUACCUUUGCUGUUCUUCCAUCAAAAGACCUGGAAGGGAUUAUACUUACCAAACCAGCGUUUAGUUUUCAAGUCUGUGUCUUUCGGUUCUCAAAAUAGCCACAUUUCGGUCGAAAUGUAGGCAAAAUUCAAGUGGAUGCGCACCAAAACGUCGAAAUUACAUAUUAUAUGUCGAGUAAACUUGUCAAACUAUGUUCAUAAUUAAGCUUUAACAUGUUAUAAAGGUGCACAGAAAUCGUGAGGACGAACAGAAACACACACGUCGUUUAAUCGAUCCUGAAGAAAAUACAUCACCCGGCCAGAGCGCGCUUAACAGUCACCUUUUUUUUUUCGCUUGGCCGAGAGGUUUCGGCUCGCUCAAACUCCCGUGAGCGAGCGAUGCGUGUGAGAUGACGUCAAAGUUGGGCCAACUUUUUCCAUGACAAGAGAGCAUUUGGGAGAAUGCAUGCCCUGAGAGUUCUGCUUUACAUAGAGACAAAAUUGAAAUGGUUUUAGAAGCUUUAGAGUGUUUUCUAUUCGAUAAUAUUUUUUUAUAUGCAUAUAUUAGCAAUUUUGGGGAAAAAUAUUUUCAGUUUACUAUGGGCACGCACUUUCUCCAACAGGGGCAGUAUAGAGCAAGAGUUGGCAAUACAAUAAGUGUUACUAUAAUAAUCAUGUUUCAUAGAGUGAGUGCUAGAGAGAGAGAUAGAAAGGAUGAAUGAGGGGCAAAGUGAAUGUCGUCACUCACACUGACGGGGUCAGAGGAAAGAUAGUGUGUCAGUGUAGAUAACAUGUGUGUAAGGCCAGGGGAGAAAUGGCUGCUGGGAAGUGUGUGCAUAUGUGUGUGUGCACAUUUGUUUGUUCAUUCGUGUGUGUGGGAGCACGUUUGUUCGUGCUUGUGUGUUUGUGAGAAAGGCCGUGAUAGAGCGAAAGAGAGAGAGUGGGGCAGGGGUGUUAUCAAGCAUUCUUCAGCAAUGACAGGAGAAGGAAGGGAGAAGGGACUGCAUAAAUGGGACUGCAGGGGAGAUAAGCACACUGUCAACUGUCACCCUGGAGGAUGAGUAACAGGGGAAGGAAGAGCCUGUUCCUUCCCAUGUUCUCCACUCCUCACUAUCAAGAGUGUAUCUUUGCAGGUCAUAGUCAGAAGCUCAGGAAUGAGGACCCCUGAAUUGUGGUUGAACCAAGUAGUGGCAUCCAUACAGAUUUUGAAAGUGUAGUUAAAUGAUACGUCUAAAUUUAGGAUCUGCAGCUAAUGGUGGCAUACAUUAAUCUCACAGUCCAGCUUUUAGGCAAAUCUGAGAAGACGUAGUGUUGUGAUGAGGUAUUGAGUGUUUGAAAUCACAGUGUUUGGAAUCAGUCAUCGACGGAGAGAGAAGGUAAAAAGGGCUUUAUAAAUACAUUUGAUUGAUUGAUUGAUUGAUUGAGAGGUAGAGACAGUGGGCACUCAGUGUAGAUUACUCAUCUGGUCACUGGUCAGUGGGGAAGUGUUCUAACUUGAGUCAUCCAGGUUGCAGUUCUAGUUUGACCUUUGACUCCAUGCUGUCUCCCCAAUCACAGUGGAAUGCUUGGAGACCAGUCUGCCCAUGCAAAGCCCUUUCUCUCCUGCACUCCACUCUGGGCUGUGGAAUCUGGACUAAAGCUAAACUCAGGACCUUAGAACCACUGAACUGAGGGACGUGUGAGGGAACAGCACAGGGCACAUUGGAAGUAAUUGUAAGUCCUGCCUGCUGUGCAUUUAAUAGGCAGUGAGGCCUCUUAAUCAGACAUCCAGACAGAGAUAACCCAUUUCCAAAACUGCUGUGACUUCUGCAACAUGUUAGCCUACUAAAAGAGGAAGGGUACUUACAUUAAGUGUUGCAAACUUCCAAACUCAAUUAGGUAAUGAGUGGAUUACGGGAAAGUUGUGUUUUGUUGUGUAGUCUACUCUGUUUCCACAACAGACGGGGAAACAACAACGCUAUAUAUCCAUUUUCUGAAAUGUUGGUAAAUUAGCUGUUAUUGGUUAAAGGAAUUAUGAAAUAGA